AUGUCUCUCAUUCGUGAGACUGAGGCCGACGUGGAGGUUUGGUAUGCAGCUGCAAGCCGGCAUGGUCCUGGAGACUGGGCCGCCAACGGCAUGAAGGACAUCAUCGAUCAAGUCGUCGCUCCGGAGAAUCGUGACUGGUAUUACAAGACUAUGGCCAAACUUGAAAAGUCUCGUCAGCAAGACCACAAGAGUCUCAAUCCCAAUGGCGAGGCUCCUCGUAUGAAUGGUGGCUCAUUCACUGCGCGCAGCUCUCAUUCUAGAGCCCCGAGCGUUGAAGAGUAUCUUAACAAGCCGCUUCCUCCUCUUCCGCAACCGCCCUAUUUUGAGUACAUGUUUGCCGAUGCUGGUGUCAAGGAUAAGAAGCCCGACGCCACGGCAGAGUCUUUGCUCGAGACCAAUCAUGCCAAUGAAAUCGUCUCAUCGCAACCGGAACCGCUUACUGAUGGCAGAUACGCCACAUUUACUUCGGAUUCGUCAAGUUCCAGUAUCGGCCUAGACAGUGCUGAGCUGGCCCAAUUUGCCUGUGCACAAGCUGGUGUGGAUAUAUUCCCAAUAGAACCGACUCGCAGCAGUCAAGAUCAUUUUCCUGCAAACGCAUCUGAGGCGUCAGACUCGCUCAGGUAUCCAGAGGGAGAGCCUAUGCAAUUUGAGUUCAGCCAGAUUCAGAGCUCCCCAAGACAUAAAGUCAUUCUUGAGCCCAAGUCGCAGAAGUCAAAGACUUGCUUGCGAAAUGAACAGCCUAUCAACGCUGCUCCUCGGAGAAUCAUAACGGCACCAGCUGUUCAGCCCUCAAGCCCGGAUAUCAUCCGAAAAAUCAAAAAGCGCUGUGCACGAGACUCUUUCCUGACCAAAUCAACCGUGAACGAUUCAAAGGAUGACUACGACGUCAAUUUACUUUGUACCAAGAAAGUCCGUGUCGAGGAGCAGCGCCAUAGUCGAGAUGUCCAGAGCAUGCGAGCUUCCUCCGUCUAUAGCAGCAUUGCCGCUUCGAACUCUUCGUAUAGUGUCGCCACCAACGAGGAUAUAUCUCAACGCAAACGUCCCUACGCCGCCUUGACCGGCUACCCAGGCCAGUUUCAGAGCUACGAAAUCGACUUUCUCCACUGCCGUACCACUGGUAUCCCAAGCCCACGUAUACACUUCACCUGUGGUGACCCACUGCAUCCAAACAACCAGUUCACCCACACCAACUUCCUGACGGACCCGACCUGGCCGUCCAAGAACUAUACCAAGGAAGAUCUCGAGCGCUUCCCCAUGCGCAACGCUGCCCUCUCGUACGCCGACCGUCUGACUGUGCGUGCCGCUCGCAUCUUGACCCGUACCGAGUCGGAGGAAAACCUCCGUCGUGAAGUCCAGCGCGAAUGUGCCGCUGCGCGCCUCGAAGGUGUCGCUGUCGGCCAGUACCGCUACUACCAGGGCCACAUGAGUAUGGAGGAGUACAAGGCCGCCAGGAUAUGCAUCUGCUGGGACUCAUGCUGGUGUUCGAAGCUGUGCACCAUCUACGGCGACGUCUUGUGCCCUUGCUCCGAGUGGACUGUUUUGCAAAACCAUUGA